CACCGCUGCCACUGCUGCCGCUGUUUUGCCUUAUCUCUACUAUUACUUCCCGAGCAUUCCUCCUCUCUCGAUAUUACGUCGAAGCAGUGUGAUCAAUGUGCAAGUGUCGCGUACGAAGCCCCGGGGCUCGUGCGUCCAGGAUAAUGUGAGAACCGCGACAUGAAAUUCAUCAUAUUGGACGUUAGGCUCCUUCAGCUGCUGUCGCUGCUGCUGUUGCUGCUGCCGCCACCGCCAAGGCUCGAGGCCGUCACCGUCGUUGAUCAUCACGCCGACAACGAGUACGUGCUUGAGCACGAGGUUCCUUACGAGAAAGCUAUUACCGAGGCCAGGGGUCUCAAGCUCUACUCUGGUCUAGUGCCCGGAUGCAAGGCUUGUAGCAAGGACGAGAUGACAUAUUGCCAGAACGGCAGUGUCCUGGAGGACCACUGCUGCUGCGACGGAGGCUACAACGAGGUACUUGGAUUUGUGGAGCACAAAUGCCGAGUGGGUCCGGAAGCCUGCAAAGUCCGAGCGGCCGACUGCGCCGAGUACUCGAGACUACGUGAAUGUUGUUGCCACUCUUACUUGGCUUCUUUGUGGAAGUACUUGGCGGGAGGCGCUGGGAUUACGAGGACAUCUCACUGGCUACUGGGUUGCAGCGUCCUCCUGGUGGCACUACGAUGAUACCACCUAGUCCCGACGACACUCCCGCAUCAAACACAUCUUUA